UGAAUCGAGUCUUCGUCAGAGUUCUUUGUGGCGCUCUGUUGAAAAACUCCCUGAAGACGUAGCUAUGUCCCGACCCUUUACACUUCCUCUAACCGGUUCCAAUGCCUUGGAACGUUUGCGUCAAGCAAAGAAAUCGUCCGUUGGGAGCUCAGAAGCUGACAGAGAGGUUGUCGUGCCUCCGGCUGAUCCCCCUGUUUUGACGCGGAGUCAGACGAAAAAAAAGAAGAAGGCUGUGCAGGAUGAUUCUUCCGACCCAUUUAGCGACACCGUUGCCCUUUCGUUCCCUUCCAAUGCUGCGGCCUAUAGUGAGAUUGGGCCUCACUUAGGAGAGAUUGAUAAGUUGUUGUGGCCCGAAGAUGAUCACAGAAUGGAGCAGGUUGGUACGGAUGGGUCAAUUGAUACCACUGUUUCUCAUUUGUUCCAGGGUUUGCAAGGGGUCAUUUGGCUGAAGUAGAAAAUCAAGUCCUUAAUGGCAACUCUAAAGGAAGUAAGGAGUCAGAGAAAUGAUCUUCGGGGUGAAGUUAGUCGGCUGAAAGAUUCCAAGAAGGAGUCUGAUCAACUCAUAGCUGAUUUGAAGGCUCAACUAGAAUCCAAGGAAGCUGAUGUCGAGAAGCUGAGAGUGACUCUUGGUCAAGUUGAUGAUUUGAAAGCCGAGGUUGCUUCGUUGGAGAAUCGGAUGUUGGUCAUUGGGCUGGAGGCUGAGAUCCAAUGCCGUGGCGUAAUGGCUAGUGAGUUUCGGGAUGGUAAGGCUGAUAGCUGGGAUGUUCCCAAAUACAUUGCUGAUCUUGAGGAAUUGGAGAAGAUGAGGGCUGAAGAGAUAACCCGGGCCGAAGAGUUAGCCACUUCUUUUGGCAUCAUGACUACUAAUGAUCUGGUUGUGGAUGACUGAUUCCUCUUCUACUCGUGUUCAUUGUCAUGGGAUAACAGAG